AUGGAAAUUCAAAAUCCAUUCCAAAUUAUUUGGGAAAAUUCUUCGAAUGAUUUCGCAGCAUUUUUCAAUGCAAAAUUCGCGAAAUAUGGAAGUCAGCUUGCCAUGAUCGAUCUUGAAGAUGGUAAACAGUGGAGAUAUUCAGAGUUAUGUGGCUGGGUAGAAAAAUGUGCUAAAAGACUUCAAGAGAUAGGAGUUGCAGCAAAUACAAGAAUUGCGAUGAUUACUUGUACAACAUGCCAAGUCAUAUUUGUGCAACUUGCUUGCUCAAUUUUACAAGCAGUUGUAGUAGGCAUUAAUGGUUAUCUGCCUAUAGGUCAUGCAAAAUAUUUGUUUAAAUUUUUGCACAAAGAAAUCAAGGUAAUUGCUGAUGUGCUUUGCGAUUUUGAAUCAUUUGCAAAUGAUCAAAAUGUUACGACCACAGCAAAAACAAACAACAAAACUGGCAUGAUGAUAUUUUUUUCUGAAGGAAGCACGGAUCCUCCAAAACCCACUGAGAUAUCUCAUCAGUCCAUUGUUAUUAAUGUACAGCAACUCAGCUGUCCGGUAUUCUCCCCACCAAUGCAAAACCAAAAAUUUCUUCUCGCGAUAAGUAUGCUUGUCAAGAACACGCAAGUUAUAAUCAAUAAUGAUGAAAUGCUAACUCGCUUUUAUAUCCUAAUUCAAAAAAUUAAUACAUUUUUAGUUUAUGGUUUAACCACGGCUAGUGGCUUUUGCACUUUUUCAAAAUUCGGUAAUAACAAUUAUAAAAGUGUUGGAGUCCCUUUGCCAGGAAUGGUCGCCAAGAUUGUUAACAUAGAAACCAAUGAAUUGUGCAUGCCACAUCAACCCGGUCGAUUGUAUGUAAUAGGCCCACAAAUACAAAUUCGAUCGCAUCGCAGCAGUAAGGCUUCAAAUUCGUUAGCUGACGUAGAUGGAUAUCUUAACACAGGAGACUUUGCAUUUUAUGAUCGUGAUGGUUAUAUCUACAUAAUAGGAAAGAUAAAAAAUCUUAUCAAAUAUCGAGGAACACUGACACCUCCUAGCCAAGUCGAAACGUUUCUACUUACACAUCCAGGCAUAGAAGACUGUGCAGUUAUUGGACGACAAGAUGCUCUAUUAGGUGAAGUACCUGCUGCUUUUGUAGUAAAAACUUCCAAAUAUUCUCAAUUGUCUCCUGCCGAUGUUCGACAGCACGUUUUUGGUAAAAUUGGCCACAUAAAGGAGCUUCGAGGGGGUGUUUUUUUUGUUAACGAAAUUCCUCGAAGUUCGAGCGGCAAAAUUAUCUAUCGUCAGCUGAAGCAAACCUGGGAAAGAGAUCGAAGUGGUCUUCGAGAAACAAAUUCUUCAUCAUCCUUACCAAAUAUUGGCGAUGGAUCCACAAACAAAGAAAAACGAGGGCUGCGUAUCGCUAAAUUGCAAAAAUCUGCAUCAAAACCAGUCAUACAAAUCAACAGAGUCCAAAUCAAAGGCAAUACCGACCACAAUAUAUAA